AGGGGGUGGCGCGCGCGCCAUUUCUAGUCGUUUUCAAAGCGCCUCGCGCUGAUUCUCACGGACCCGGCCGCCGGCCCCAGCUCUGCCCCGGAUUGGUAGCUUAUGUCGAUCUUGAUGAAAGAGCCAUUGAUGCUCUCAGGGAAUUUAAUGAAGAAGGAGCUCUGUCUGUACUACAGCAGUUCAAGGAAAGUGACUUAUCACAUGUUCAGAACAAAAGUGCAUUUUUAUGUGGAGUUAUGAAGACCUACAGGCAAAGGGAGAAACAGGGGAGCAAGGUGCAAGAGUCUACAAAGGGACCCGAUGAAGCAAAGAUCAAGGCCUUGCUUGAGAGGACUGGUUAUACCCUGGAUGUAACCACAGGACAGAGGAAGUAUGGUGGUCCUCCACCAGACAGUGUGUACUCUGGCAUGCAACCUGGAAUUGGAACAUAAGUCUUUGUAGGUAAAAUACCAAGAGAUUUAUAUGAGGAUGAGUUGGUGCCCCUUUUUGAAAAGGCUGGUCCCAUUUGGGAUCUAGGUCUUAUGAUGGAUCCACUGUCUGGUCAGAACAGAGGGUAUGCAUUUAUCACCUUCUGUGAAAAGGAAGCUGCACAGGAAGCUGUUAAACUGUGCGACAGCUAUGAAAUUCGCCCUGGUAAACACCUUGGAGUGUGCAUUUCUGUGGCAAACAACAGGCUUUUUGUUGGAUCAAUUCCGAAGAAUAAGACUAAAGAAAACAUUCUGGAAGAAUUCAGUAAAGUCACAGAGGGUUUGGUGGACGUUAUUCUCUAUCAUCAACCGGAUGACAAAAAGAAGAAUCGGGGGUUCUGCUUCCUUGAGUAUGAGGAUCACAAGUCAGCAGCACAAGCCAGACGCCGGCUGAUGAGUGGAAAAGUAAAAGUAUGGAGAAAUGCAGUUACAGUUGAAUGGGCUGACCCUGUGGAAGAACCAGAUCCAGAAGUCAUGGCUAAGGUGAAAGUUUUAUUUGUGAGAAACUUGGCUACUACAGUGACAGAAGAAAUACUGGAAAAGUCAUUUUCUGAAUUCGGAAAACUUGAAAGAGUGAAGAAGUUGAAAGAUUAUGCAUUUGUUCAUUUUGAAGACAGAGGAGCAGCUUUUAAGGCCAUGGAUGAAAUGAAUGGCAAAGAAAUAGAAGGGGAAGAAAUUGAAAUAGUCUUAGCCAAGCCACCAGACAAGAAAAGGAAAGAGCGCCAAGCUGCUAGACAGGCCUCCAGAAGCACUGCGUAUGAAGAUUAUUACUAUCACCCUCCUCCUCGUAUGCCACCUCCAAUUAGAGGUCGGGGUCGUGGUGGGGGGAGAGGUGGAUAUGGCUACCCUCCAGAUUACUAUGGCUAUGAAGAUUACUAUGAUGAUUGCUAUGGUUAUGAUUAUCACGACUAUCGUGGAGGCUAUGAAGAUCCCUACUACGGCUAUGAUGAUGGCUAUGCAGUAAGAGGAAGAGGAGGAGGAAGGGGAGGGUGAGGUGCUCCACCACCACCAAGGGGGCGGGGAGCACCACCUCCAAGAGGUAGAGCUGGCUAUUCACAAAGGGGGACACCUUUGGGACCACCAAGAGAUUCUAGGGGUGGCAGAGGGGGUCCUGUACAACAGCAGAGAGGCCGUGGUUCCCGUGGAUCUCGGGGCAACAGUGGGGGCAAUGUAGGAGGCAAGAGAAAGGCAGAUGGGUACAACCAACCUGAUUCCAAGCGCCGUCAGACCAACAACCAACAGAACUGGGGUUCCCAGCCCAUCGCUCAACAGCCGCUUCAGCAAGGUGGUGACUAUUCUGGUAACUAUGGUUACAAUAAUGACAACCAGGAAUUUUAUCAGGAUACUUAUGGGCAACAGUGGAAAUAGACAAGUGAGGGCUUGAAAAUGAUACUGGCAAGAUACGAUUGGCUCUAGAUCUACAUCCUUCAAAAAAAAAAUUGGCUUAUCUGUU